UCGUGGCUUUCUAUCUUAUGAUCGUUACUACCGUUAGUUCAGUACAGUUCAGUAACUCUCUAACUGUCGUAAAGUGUGUGUUGUCUCGCCUUUUUUUAAUUAUUCGGUCUUCAUAAUAGAGGAACUAAUUUUAUACGUUUAAAAUAAAUACCUAAUAAUGUAUAUGUGAUAAUAAUAAAGACGAUUUGUAAAAUUAAAUAAUUUGAUACGAUUUAAUGGUUUACUAAAUGAAUAACCAGAGCUUAAACUUUAGUUUUCUAAAUAUAGGAACAUUGCAUUGAAACGAGGUAGAGAAUACGAUUUUGUGUUGUGGGUAAAAAAAUGGCGUUAGCAUUGUUGACGUUUUUGUUGAUCCUUAUUAUCCUCGGUUUGUCUGGUUUUACGUCUACAUCCUCGAUAGUUGUGCUUAAGUGCUGUAAGUACGGCGAAGAGUUGACAAUACUGAAUGAUUCCGAUUCAGAAUUUACUUGUGUAAAAAGUGCCUCAGCGUGGAUUCCAACUAUAUAUUCACCAUCGAAACAAAAAAUUUUAUCAACAUUGCCACCUGAAUGGAUAGUUCAAGAAGCACGAAAACCUGUAUGUGCCAAAGACCGUAUUUUAACAUUAGUUUCUUGCAGUAGUAUUUCGCACUGCAUCAUAUUCGACAUAGGUCAUGCGAUUCUUAACGCCGGAAGCAGCACAAACUUUACGCCUAGUGAAUACUGCGCGGACUCAAAGGCUCUGCUUGUUUGCACACCAAGGAAGGUCGAGGCUGACAGAACCACUUCCAUAAUAAGACCCAGAGUGAACAGAUGUUGUGGUGAGCAUGCAGUUUUUCACGAAGAAAGGAAUUCCUGUGUGAAUCAGAAAGAUAUAGAAAAUGCAACUCCUUUACUGCCUAAUACAUCUGAGACCAUUGAUGUAACAACUGGUUUUCCAUCUUGUCUUUACUCUAAUAACUACACAAUUGUUGGAGAUGCUGACGUAUCAAUCUUGAAAUCUGAUGGCAGCUUAAUAGUGGAUGGAAUAUCUUUACUGUCAUCGCAGUAUUGUGUUGAAAGAAUCAAAGAGCUAAAUGGCAAAUCCAAAGUUUUCGUCUGUCCAGAAUAUGCACCUAAACGGACCUCCAACCAAGGAACGGAUAUUAGGUUCACGAUGUAUUCAAUCAGUUUCAUCAUAAGCGCGAUUUUUCUCGCCAUCACCUUAGCUACUGGUUGGCUUCUUCCUACCUCACAUCAUGUUUUGCAUUGGAAAUGUCAGACUCAUCAUGUUUUAUGUCUCAUGCUAGGCGAUAUACUUAUGGCAAUUAUUCAACUUUCUGGAGAUUCUUUGCAAGGCGGCACUUGUAAAUUACUUGCUAUUCUGGCUCACUUUUUUUUCCUUGCUGCAUUCUUCUGGCUGAACACAAUGUGUUUCAACAUCUGGUGGACUUUUCGAGAUUUGAGACCUGCAAGUUUGGAGAAAGGCCAAGAGACGUUACGUUUAAGAGUGUAUGCCUGUUAUGCUUGGGGUGGACCACUUCUUGUUGCUGGAAUCGCUGCUCUAUUCGAUCAUUUACCAUCUCAAUCUAAAAAUUCUUUCCUUAGACCUCGAUUUGGAGAAAAAAUGUGCUGGUUUUAUGGGGAUACAGAAAUUCUGGCUUAUUUUUUCGGCCCAAUUGGCGUUUUACUCGCUAUUAACGUCAUGUUCUUCAUCGCAACUGCUCGAGAGUUGACUUGCGGGCUGUGGAAAGGUGACUUUGUAAAAAGUACGACUGAAAAAGCUGCUCUUGGUCGAGUUUGUUUGAAAUUGGUGAUCGUCAUGGGGGUAACCUGGAUUGCUGAUAUUAUAUCAUGGGCUGUCGGUGGACCCAACUAUCUCUGGUAUUUUACUGAUCUUCUAAAUGCUUUGCAAGGCUUUUUCAUCUUCAUUGUAGUUGGGUGGCAGCCACAAGUUCGCAGUGGUCUGAAAAGACUUUUUAAUAGAGAUCCCCGAACAAGUACUGGUAGGCAAGGCAAUGGUCUCAGUACAACAAGUCAUGGUAUGCCUAGCAUGGGAGACAGCAUGACUCAAAAUCCAAGUACUAAAUCUGCGCCAUUGGAAACUAUUUGCUAAAAUUGAUAAGACUUAUAAGGUAUCAAAAUCUACGAAGAGACAACAAAUUCAUCCUAACUUACGAAAACGUUUUCAUCGAAUGCUGAUGUACUAAACUGCAAAAAAUUGUAGUAGGCGUAAAUAUGAAUAACGAAUUGGGAUGGAUUUAUUAAAAGCAUUUAAUAAUAAGUGUUAACGAGCAAAAAAUUAAAUUCAGGAAUAAUCUGAAGUACCCAGUAGACAGAUAGUUAAUAACAAACGGGUGAAAGAUUUAAAAUAUUUUUUACAUGAAUGUUAACAGAUGUGUUAUGCAAACAACAAACUAAAAUUAUAGUUAAACUUUAAUUUUGUUUCAAUUUAUCAAAGAAAAUAAUCAUCGUCCGACUAUUAGAAGGAGAUAGUCCAUUGGUCUCGUCACCCUAAUAAUCAUAACUAAUACUUAUUAAAUUUAGUUAUAACAGAUACAAAAACGUAAUUUUUCGAAUUUAAAAAAUAUUAUUAUAAUAGCUAUCAAAAUAAUAGGAUCCCUAGCGGAUCCGAAUUAUGGUAAAUUACGGUAGUUACCGUAAUUUACCACAACUUACAGUAUUCAGCAUAAUUACCAUAAUUUACGGCAAAAUGCGGUAAUUUACCGCAAUUCGCGGUAAAUUACGGUAUUUUAACGUAAAAUACUAUAAGGCAUGGUAAAUUGCCGCAUUUUUACCGUAUUUUGUCGUAUUUUACGGUAAUUCUGCUGGAUACCGUAAAUUUCGGUAAUUACCGUAAUUCAGACCCGCUUCGGAUAAAGUUUUUCAAAAAAUCUAAAAUCAACUCCAUUUAAAAUAAAUUAUUUAAUUUUUAAAACUCAAAAAUCUAGAGUAGAAACACUUAUUUUAAUACAAAAAAGAAAUAGUUUGGUUAGAAAUAAAAAGAAAUAAAAAUUUAAAAAAAUGUCCUCAGUUGGGUUAUUUUUAAAAAACUUAUGGGCAAAAAACGAAAUAUAACUUCUCUUUGAUAGCUUGUAAAGAAAUUUAAGAAUCUAUCUGAAAGCAUUUCUUAACCAGCAUAAAAAAAUAUAAAAAAAUUCAUGUAAAUCAAAGAACAAAUAAUUUGAAAUGAUGCAUCUAUAGAUAAACUUUUAAAGUUCAAUAUUCAAGCAUUACGUAAUGCGAGUAAAUUUGCACUUUGUUAUAGUAAUCGACUAAGCUAUAGAAAGACUUGAUGCAGACUUUUACAAACUUAGAUUGUAUUUGAGCGCCACUCAAAAGUAAAUUUGCUAUAAGAUGCGUAUGUAAAUCAUGGAACGAACGUUAUUCACUUCUAUCGAGUUAAUUAUACAUGAUCUUCAAUCGGAUAUAAUUUAAAAAUGAAUAAACAAAAUUUUAUUAGAAAAUUUAUUUCAAUAAUAAAAUUUAAUGUAAAUGACUUUCAAUACUUUAUUGGUCACAUACGUCAUAAUAUAUUUAAUCAAUAGAUUCUUAUUGAAAGCUUAAGUAAAUUUAAGUGAGAAUACUUAUACAUAAGUAUUUCAUACGUGCACAAUUAGAUUUUCUAAACUUUUGCUCAUCUGAGUACAGACUGAUAAAAAAUGAGACUAACAAAAAAAAAAAAAAAAAAAAAACGUCAAUCGUUAAAUUAUAACAACUUAAAACACUGUUGUUUAAUCAUAUUUAAUAUUCUAUAGAAUUUUUAAUAGCAAAAAAACUAUACUAUUCACAAAUUAAGUGAUCCAUCCAAGUUUUUUACUAUUCAUACGUUUUUUAAAAUUAUUAUCUAUUUUCUCAAACAAACACCGUAAGUAAUUCAAAAACUCUGUUUUAAAGGACGGAAUUCCUAGUUUGUUAGUUUUUGUUUUUAAGUACUUAUUUAUAGUAUGUCAAAAAAAAGUUUUCGACCGGAAAACUUCAAAGUCGAAAACUAAAGAUUCUAAAUUGUUAAUUUUUUUUAUUUAUCUGCAUAUGAGUAUCCUUCUUAAUGACAAUUAUUAACAAAAGUAGCACUAGUAAUGUAAAUUCAGAAAUAAAUAUUUUAAAAUAAUUCUGAACACCUCAAUUCUUUAGAGUAGUGUAUUUAUAAAUCGUACAUUAGGAACCCAAACAAGAAUUGAUGGAAAUAUAUUUUGUAGUUUUUAUAUUUUUAAAGAAUACAGUUAAACCUCCGACACUCGCGUGUUUUUACCAGAUAUCUACUUAUAGACUAGUAGAUAGAUAUAAAAAUGCUACCGUACAAUGAAUGGUAACAUUAUGUUAUUUAAAUUACAUUAAAUAAUGCGGUAAAGCAGGAAAGUAUCCCAUGUAACACAUGCUUGAGCAAGAUUCUGGUGCCAGUGCCUUGAGCAAACCUCCUAGUCACUAGUGUCUUUCUACGUAUAGGUCUUGGGCAAGAUCAUGUAACAAGAAAUCAUCAUCAACACUUGUGCAUGACAUGCUCAAGGCUCAAGGUCAAUUUUGAGCCGUGAGCAAGCCAUGCACAACUAUUUUCAACUAUAGUCUUCCUCCAAAAUUGAGUUAUAAUCUGGCACGAAUUUCUUGUGUAAGGCUUGCACUAGACUCGCUAUUGAAUUUUAGCCUCAAGUAUCUGCAGCAAGACACAUAGGUAGAAAAAGACACUAACGUCUAUCGAACUUGUGACCACGCUUGCUCAAGCCUUGAACAAGAUUGUUAUAUAGGAUGAGCCAUGCAUACACUCAUACGGGAAUAUAUACGUGAUGCGUUCAAACAUUCUCGAAUCAAGGAAUGAAAAUUAGGAUAGAUGAGGAUUGGGAAGGAUAAAGAAGGGGGCUUCUUAAUGAACAAUUUAUAGAUAAAUUGAAAAAAAUAUGGAUAGUCCGAACUGCGAAACGAACUUAGACCAUGUCGGUUACGCGCCGAGUGCUCUUCCAGUUAAGCUAUCCAGGCCUAUGUCGUAUUUCGUUCUUUUUAUCUAUACACCCAUUAAGCUACUCCAUCCAUCGUAUGAUAGCAUUUUUUGAAUUACAUUAAAUAAUGCCGUGAAGCAGGUAAGCUCGUGUUCGUGCAUACACACAUACGGGAACAUAUACGUGAAGCGUUUCGAAAUUCUCGUAUUAUAGUACAGAAGCCUCAGGAGAACGAUGAGGUCAAAAAAUUUGAAAUUUUGUCGGCUUGUUAAAAACAAUACAAAUAAUGAAAGAAAAAUAACUCAAUUUGCAAAAAAACUAGAUGUCGAUUAUUAGUAAAACUCUGCAAAACUACAAUGUAUUUUAGAACAAGAAGAAGCAAUAUCUUUUAAACUGGAUACUUAAUAUACAAGAACAUGACCAGGCGUGAUUCUAAACAAUGACCAUUAAUUGUUAUAUCAUUAAUUUGAAAGAUAAAUAAUUUUCUGAUAUAAAUAGAAUUCUGGAAAUAGAAAAAAUGAUUUUAUAAAAUUAGACAAUGCCUUUAAUUGCCUUAAUGUAAGAUGUUUGUAUCAUUAAAAGAAAAAAGUUUGAAGAGAUUAAAAACACUACUAAAAAGUAUAGCGAAAAUCGAUUCUUGACUAUGUAGAUUAAUUUAAUUAAAGUAACAAAAUUUUCGUACGUAAGCCAAUGGUAUUAAAUAGGACAAAGAAACGUAUUUCUAAUUAAUUAACUACACGAAUAAAGCUGAUAGGAAUCAAUUAAAGUUUAGAUGUAGAUUAGUGCAUAAAUAUUUCAUGAAAUGUUGCAAAGUGGGAUCAUUUGAAUGGUAAAGUAUUGUUGCCCAAAUCGAUCUCUUUAUUCAUUAACACAAUAUUUGAAUAAAACUACGAUAUAAACAUGUGCCUCGAAAUUAAAUUCGAUAUAAAUGCAGACAAUAAUGGAGAAGUAUGGCUCCACCUAUUUUAGCUGUUAAAAAUAUUUCUGUAUAUUUCUUUUUUUUCUGUUUUUUUUGUUUCACUCAUUGGCCAGACAAAUAGAAAAUGAAAAACAAUGCGGCAUUUCAAUUCUUAAGUAAGUAACAAGAUCCAAAAUAGGUAAAACCUUAUUCCUCCAUGAUUAUCAAGAAGAAGCUAUAAAUAAUAUCACUGAAAAAAUGAUUGAAAUAACUUUUUUUCGAUGCCGAGUAGGCCAGUUUUGUAAAUACAAUAAUGAGUAAUGGUUAUAGAACCAAUAUAUAUAUAUAUAUAUAGGGUGCUUUUUAUUUUUCGAAAAUGUCUUUUUCUUAGUCCAUAUGAAAAUUUUAUUGUAGACGACAAAAAAACAAUUUCCUGAUAAUUUGAGCCCUUAAUUUUAAUUUUAAGAGUUCUCAAUCUAUUUUUAAAGUUUUUCCAUUCAAAAAGCAUGAGAACGAUAUCACAUUUUUAAAAAAAAAUUCCUACUCAGGCAGUUUUUGAGCAAUCAGCUCAUUUUUUGGUUCGUUUUGUAAGGCUUCAAGUCCUCUUUAAAAUUGCUGUAAGUGACAUGGAAGCAUUUUCAACAAUUCAAAAGUUAUGAGUCUUCAAACUUUCAAAAUCUUUCACCAAAAAAUCAUAAUUGUUGGCUAUUAUUAUUCAAGCUAUUGACUUUCUAAAAAAAAUAUUCAUAUAAAUUUUGUAAUCUGUUAAAUACCCUACAAGAAAUAUUAAACAUCAUUCGAUAAUUUCAACGGCAUUGUUUAUUUGUUUACUUUUUUCUUUUGUUCCCUCGCGGACUCGGGAUUACUCCGAAAUCAUGGUGAAAUUUCGGUGAAAUCAUAGUGAAAUGACAGUGAAAUCACUGUAACUUUGUGCCAUUUGCUUACUGUGUGAUAAUUAUCAUCCGAUGGUAAUUUUAUGAUGAUUUCACCAUCGAUUCAUAGUAGAAUCACAAUAGCAUAACAGUCAAUUUACAGUAGUAUAGCUGUAAGUUGACAGUAGUAUUACUGUGUAUUUACAGUGAUUUCACUAUCAGUUUAUGCUGGAUCUGCAGUGCUUCAGUCAUGCUUUCUCAGUAAUAAUACCGUGAUCAUACAGUGAUUUCACAGCAGUCUUACUAUAGAUUCUUCGUGAAAUCACAAUAAUAUCGCUGUGAAUUGACAGUAAUAUUACUGUGAUUUCUUAAUCAUUUAAUCCUGGAUCUGCUUAGUUUUCAUCGAGAUUUAGGGGCAAUAUUGAGAUCCUAUAUUUAUUGAUUCAAAGAUAAUAAUAAUAAAAUUAAUAAUAAUAUUAUAAUAGCAACAAUAAUCCUAAUCUUGGUUUUUCAAUAAAUAAUUUUUCUUGUUUAAAAAAAUUAUUUAGUAUCCAUCCCUUUGUACGACUUCAUGUAAUUAUUCCUCUGGAGGAUUAAAUGCUAUUUUUUUACCCUCGGUAAAGAAGGAAUUUUAUUUUUUUUUAACGCAUGAUGGGAUUCGAACUGCCGACCCUUCGAUUGAGAGUAGCUUAAGUCAUGUACUUUAGCCCACUCGGCCACCACACGCAUUCGGAACUAAAUAUUUAAUCUGUUACUUCAUGCUAUUCAAUACUAUAUAUACUCAAGAUUAAGCUAUAAGAAAAAUUAUUUUAUUAAAUACUAUAAAAUUAAAAGAAUUCGAUAUUUAUCAAAAAAAAAUUUUUACCUUCAUUUGUAAAUCAUCAAGUUUUCUUAAUUUAAGAAUAUUUUAUUUUAAAUUAUGAUAAAUAAUAAAUAUUUACUAUUGAAAUAUUAAUCUAAAUGAUAUUCUCUUUAUUUUUUGCAGUAGUUUAAAUUCAAUUUAUACAGUUUUAAAAAAAAAGUUAUUCAAUUUUUUUAUUUAUUUAUUUUUUUUCAUAAUUCUGAAGAAUUUUACCGUCUUAAGCUUUUAUAAAAUUAACUAAAUUAGACAAUUACAGAUAAAGUUUCGCUCGGAAAUUCCUAAAAUAGCUAAAUUUAUAAUAAAUAAAAUACAUUUGUGCCCAAGUAUUUGCUAAACUUACAAAUAAUUAUAGGAGCAUUUAUGAAAUAAUUGAUAUUAUUUUUUUUUUAAUUCCAUUUCUAUCGAUUAAUGACAUUAAAAAUUAAAAUUUUUGACUUUGAAAUUGGAUUAAUGAUAGAUGUACCGUAUCAGAUCACUAUCAAAGUAGAGUGAAAUCAUGGAGAAAACGCUAAUAAUUUGCUGUGAAAAUAUCAUAGAGUCACAGUGCUAAUACUACUAGGUUGUCAUGGGAUCACGGUAAAUUCAUGGUUAAACCACUAUGAACUGACUGUGAAACUAUUGUAAAGUCACAGAGUUAACACUAUCAAAUUACUAUGGAAUCACAGUGAAUUCGUAGUGAAAUCACGAUAAACUGACUGUGAACCCAUGAUAAAGCCUCAGUGUUACCAUUGUUGAGUUACCAUAAAUCGAUAGCUGAUCGACAGUAAAAUUAUCAUGAAAGUAUGGUAAUUUAAUUGUAAAAUUACUGUAAAAUUACUAUAUAACCAGAGUGACGAAAUGGCACAAAACGACUGUGAAUUCACUAUGAAAUUACCAUCAAUACACAGUAAACUUACGGUAAAAUUGAUUUCACUGUGAUUUCACUGUGAUUUCACAGUAACCCCGAAUCCGCGAGGGUUGGGUUAGCAUUAUUUAAUUUUAAUUUAAUUUUCGUCACAAAUCAAACUUCCGUACUUAUUCCUUUUUUUCAACUUCCCGCUAAGAAAAUCGAUGAUUUUUUUUUGUUGGUAUUAUAUUAAUCGAGCUUAUUCAAUUGUCACAUAGUUCUUUGACUUUACGUAUCCAUCGAAACGCUGAUUGUUUUCGACGGCCCGAAAUCUCAGUCUUUACGACUAAAAUUUAAUUACUCUCAUGAAAAUACACCUAUGUCACUCAGAGCAAUUUUAAAGAGGACUUCAUGCCCUACAAAACGAGCCCAAAAACGAGACGAUUGCUCAAAAACGUCCUAGGUAGGUUUUUUUUAAAAAUGUGAUAUAUAUCGUUCCCAUGCUUUUUAAUGGGAAAACUUUAAAAAUAGAUUGCGACCUCUUAUAAUUAAAAUCAAAGGCUCAAAUUUUCAGUAAUUUUUGUUUUUGCCGUCUACAAUAAAAUUUUGAUAUAGGUUAAAAAAAAAAAUGUUCGAAAAAUAAAAUGCAC